ACAACUAGGGCGCGGGUAUUCACACCUCUUCUUCCCCCGCACUCGUUCCCCUCCGCCGUGGCCAUGGCCGCCGCCGCGGCAACUCUCCCACUCCUCCAUCCUCCAGUUCCCAAACCUGCAACCCUGCAACUGCACGCUCUCCCACCUCGCACCCAACUCCACCCCAAAACGCACCGUCACCCUCUACCCCUCAUCUUCCUCCUCCCGCGCCGCCGCCGCCACGGCGGCCCCAUCGCCGCCUCCUCCACGGCCACGUCCUCGUCCACAUCCGCCUCCUCCUCACCCGCCUACGACGCCCGCGAGGCGGAGGCCGCCGUCGCGGAGCUCCUCCGCGAGAGCGGCGCCUCCCCGGCCGACGCCGCCGCCAUCGCCGCGCGCGCGCCGGCCUACGCCACCAUGCUCGCCGACGGCGUCCGCGAGCUGGACGAGCUCGGCCUCUGGGCGUCGUGGAGCUCCGGUGCCGGGGCCCGGGUGGGCCGCGGCGGGGCCGUCGAGAUGGACAUGGGGAGGCUCGGGUUCCGGAGGAAGGUGUACCUCAUGGGACGGAGCAGGCGCGACCACGGCGUGGUGCCUCUCCUUGAGAGCGUCGGGGUGCGGCUCUCCUCCGCAAAGCUCAUCGCGCCGUAUGUUGCGGCCGCUGGCCUCCCUGUGCUGAUUGAUCGGGUUAAGUUUUUGAAGGAAAUGUUAUUUUCAAGCAGUGAGUAUGCAGCAAUAAUUGGAAGGAAUGCUAAGCGCAUGAUGACACAAUUAUCAAUACCAGCAGAUGAUGCACUUCAAAGUACUUUAUCAUUUUUUGAAAAAAUGGAGGCUAGGUAUGGUGGUGUUGGCAUGUUGGGACAUGGAGAUGUGUCAUUUCCUUAUCUCAUCGAAUCAUUUCCCAUGCUACUUCUCUGCUCUGAGGAUAAUCAUCUAAAGCCAUUAAUUGAUUUUCUUGAGUACUAUGGAAUUCCAAAACCAAGGAUUGCAUCAGUUCUGCUGUUAUUUCCUCCUAUCAUUCUUUCUGACAUUGAAAAUGAUAUCAAGCCGAGGAUUCAUGAAUGGGAGAAGGCUGGCAUUGAACAAGAAUAUAUUGGGAGGAUGUUGCUGAAAUAUCCUUGGAUCCUUUCAACAGGUGUGAUAGAGAACUACAGGAGGAUUCUUUCAUUCUUCAACCGAAAAAAGAUUUCUGGUACAGUCCUUGGUAUUGCUGCGAAACGUUGGCCUCAUAUUAUUGGCUGCUCCACAAAAAGAAUGAAUUCAAUUCUGGAGUUGUUUGAUGAUCUGGGCAUCAGUAAGAAAAUGGUUGUUCCAGUUAUUACAUCCAGUCCACAGUUGCUGCUGAGAAAACCUAACGAGUUUCUGCAGAUUGUUUUCUUUUUCAGGGAAAUGGGUUUUGAUAAGGAAACAGUGGGAAAGAUUUUGUGUCGUUCUCCCGAAAUAUUUGCUUCAAACAUGGAAAGCACCCUCAAGAAGAAAAUUGACUUUCUUGUUGACUUUGGUGUUUCCAAACAUCAUCUUCCUCGCAUCAUAAGGAAGUAUCCAGAGAUUUUAUUGCUGGACAUAAAUCAUACUUUGCUUCCCAGAAUGAACUACCUGUUGGAGGUGGGUUUGUCCAAGAAAGACGUGCGCUCAAUGAUCUUUAGAUUUUCCCCACUUCUGGGUUACAGUAUUGAGUUUGUUAUGAAACCAAAGCUUGAGUUUCUGUUAAGGAGCAUGAAGAAACCACUUAAAGCAGUUGUAGAAUAUCCUAGGUACUUCAGUUAUUCACUGGAAAGGAAGAUAAAGCCGCGUUUUUGGGUCUUACAGAGUAAAAACAUAGACUGCAGUUUGACAGACAUGCUUGCAAAGAACGAUGAACUUUUUGCUGAAGAGUACUUGGGAACAGGAGGAUUACUUCAGAAACCUCUACCUUGAAGCAAAGGCAGUUGAUUUCUGGACUAAUGAAGGGCUAGCCAUGCAAUGCACCAUGCCUGAACUGUACAGCUUUAUGCUUCCACAGAGGAGGCUGUUUUUCAGAUGGGAGUCCACUUUUCCAGUACUCGGUAUUAAUGAGGUUCAGGGCUUCAGGCAAACAGGGGAAAUUUGCAAAAUAAUGUGGCUUGCAGCUAGGAACAGAUGGAAAAGGGUGCUCAACAAUCUACAUAUCUAUUGUGUGAAUGGCUACAGGAAUCAGUGCAGGCCAUAGUCCUCGAGGAAUUAUUGGUUAUGCAACCCGUAGUCCCCAUCAUCUCUUUCUCAUGGAAUGAAAGCCGCUCAAUGGCCUCCCAUCCUGCGUUUACGCCAAUCUGGGCUGAGGGCUGACCCAAAGGUGGUUGCCACUACAUUGACCAGCUACGUCAGGGCGUUAGUGUUUCACUUCCUGAACAUCGCUGAGAUGCCAAAUGCAAUGCUGUGCUGCUUCCUUGGAACGACCUGCCUGUAUUUUCGUUUUUGACAGUGAAAAUGUAUAUGGACGACCAGCCCGUGAUUGCGAGUAGAUGGUCAAAUCACGAUUGUGUUUUCCCCGGAUCAAAUGAAUCAGGACAUGCCUGUACGAGUACGAAACAUAUGAUUAUCUUGCAGUAAAGCUGUAAGGCCUGGUAAUAUGUAGUGAUUUGUGAUGCUA